AUUCUUUCUUAGUUUAAGUUAGUCAAAUUAUCUAAACUAGUCAUUGGCUCAAUUAUUAUUGUAGGAGAAAUUUACUAUACAAAAACACCCUCCCUUUUUCAGUGGAAAAGAGAGUUCACAUGUACCAGAACUCUGCAUUUUCGAGCUCACAAGUUCUCUUAUUCGUGACGUGUUUUGGUGUCAUCUAGUCAGCCCCUUGCAUUGAAAUCCAAGCUUCUGGUCAAUGGGGAGCGGCAAAAUGGGACGAAGAAAACUAGUGAUUGUCGUGAGAGAAUCAUUUUGCAUGGGUCUUUUAUUUAAGCUGAGAUAUCUGGACUGACAGUAGCAUCUAUCUUCUUCUGAUCUGUGUCAAAACAUCUGUUCUCACACGCGUCAGUUGCAAUUGCUGAUGUCGAGCUGUCUCUGCCUUCAUUCUACACGUCCUGCUUUGCGAGAAGAGGGAUAUAGAAUCUUAUCACCUCGCAAUUAUCAACUCUCCUACCACCGACUCACAAGCAUUAAGCAGCUUAACACGGCUAUUUUUGUUUGAUUUGUAAGACGUGGGAAAGGGAUAUCAAACACUACUGAUCUGGCAAAGUAUUGGUAUCGGGAAGAGAAUGGAGCAAGACUCGAGAAGCAUGGCUACCCCUCUUUUGGAAUCUCUACCUUCCAGAACAGGUUCAAAGCUUCUAACCAUGGGAAAUAUUAUAGUCUCCGUCGUCGGUACCGGCGUACUGGCCUUGCCCUUCGCUUUUCGAAUCGCUGGCUGGCUUGCUGGCUCACUCGGAGUUGCUAUUGCCGGCUUAACCACUUACUAUUGCAUGCUUCUCCUUGUUCUGUGCAGAGAGAAGUUGGCAUCAGAUGGAUCAUUAGCGGAGGCAAAAACGUAUGGGGACUUGGGUUAUAGGAUCUUAGGAAACCCGGGUCGCUACCUAACAGAAACACUUGUUUUGUUGUCACAAUGCGGAGGAGCCGUUGCAUAUAUGUUGUUCAUUGGCCAAAACCUCCAGUCUGUAUUCCAAGGCAAUGGAUUCACUUUCACGUCCUACGUAUUCUUGUUAGUGCCAAUUGAAAUUGGACUGUCAUGGAUAGGGAGAUUAUCUGCUUUAGCACCUUAUAGCAUUUUUGCCGAUGUUUGCAAUGUUCUGGCAAUGGGAAUUGUUGUAAAGGAAGAUAUAGGACAAGCAGUGACGGGUAGAGCUUCAUUCGAACAAAGGACGGCAAUCACACCAGACAUUAAGAAGUUGCCAUUUGCAGGAGGCAUGGCGGUUUUUUGCUUUGAGGGGUUUGCGAUGACUCUGGCUUUAGAGAGUUCAAUGCAGGAUAGAGCUAAAUUCCCCAGAUUGCUGGCUCUGGCUUUUUGUGGGAUAACGUUUUUGUACGUUCUGUUUGGGUUCUGUGGUUAUAUGGCUUAUGGCGAUGAAACUAGAGACAUUGUGACCCUCAACCUCCCUGGAACUUGGACAUCCUGUACAGUAAAGGCAGGGUUAUGCUUAGGACUGGUGUUCACAUUCCCUAUCAUGGUACACCCAGUUAACGAGAUCGUAGAAGGAAAGCUUGAAAGCUUCAAAUGGUUUAGGAAGUAUUUACAUGCUGACGAUAACGAUUCAACAGGACUUGGAAAAUUUGGGACUUACACUAGCCGUGCAAUUUUGGUGGCUGGGUUGGCUGUCAUGGCCUUGUGCGUGCCAGCGUUCGGUGUAUUUGCCUCACUUGUAGGGAGUACAGUAAGUGCAUUGAUCUCAUUUGUCUUGCCAGCCACUUUUCACCUAAAAUUAUUUGGCUCUUCGCUCCAUGUGUGGCAAAAGGCCUUGGAUUUUAUUUUAGUGUUCGUUGGUUCAGUUUUUGCUGUAUAUGGCACCUAUAGCACCAUAGUCGGAAUUUGAAUAACGUAUAUAUGACUACUCAGUUGAAGACUUUCUCUGCACGAAGCAUAAAGGUUUUACAAUUGUUAUUUGUAAGCAGGGAUUGAGGAGUUGAGGUGGAAGUAUGAAUUCUGAAACCAAAUUUUUUUGACACUACCGUAAAACUAUCUAACUAAUAUCUUCGACUUGACGGAAGCGAUCAUUUUGUGAUUG